AAAAGUAGAAUUUGGAUGAAUGUUUGAAACUUUGAAGUGCUUUGGACUAGUUUGUAGAAGCUUCUGGGAGGCACCCUUGCUCGAGGUUUGAGAAGCUUGACAUGUUAAAUUCGACGGGCGCAAGUUGAAGACUUUCUGAUCCAUGCUGUACCUUUCAGAAUCUUUUGAGGACAUGAUUCGUUCUUGGAAAGGAAGUGAAAGUCCUGAAUUGAAUAUAUCAAAAGGGUGAACGACCGGAACAUCUAUCACGGAGAACAGUGGGUUGGGAUUUGAAAUUUGAAUGAACGGAUUGAUUAGUCGGUGGGUUGAAAGGAAAUAUACGAUAUGAUACAAUUCAACCUUUGAACAGUGAUGGUGUACGUUAGUGGGAUGUUAUGUCAGCGACUAGGACAUUUGACAAACACAUGACACGCUAGAUUCGAAACUAAUUACUUCUGGAAAACGUCAAGAAAAAAGAAAAGUCAGAGAACAGAUAGCAGAGUAGAAUGUUCAGUGCUCACGCAAAUGGAGAGAAAAUUUCAGCGAAACGAGUACAUUUAUUGAAUCUGGACCUGUACACGGUUCAAGUCGGUAUACGCGCGCGUCUGUCUAUAUAUAUAGGAACAAACGUACCUCUGUGCCCCAAAGUAAGAAACAAAACUCCGGGAAAGUUCCGGCUGCAUGGCAGAGCGAGAUCAUCAAGAAGAAGAAACGGAAACGUUGAGGAAGAGGAACGCGGAGCUGGAGAGGGAGCUCCGGAAGAGCAUGGAGAGAGAGGAGGAGAUGAGGAAGGAGUUACAGAAGGCGUGGAAGAGGCUGAGAGUGGCGGAGGAAGGGGAGGAGAGACUCUCCUCGCAGCUCGGCGAGCUCGAGGCCGAGGCCGUCUUGCAGGCUCGCGCCUACCACGCUCGCAUCCUCUCCCUCACGGACCAACUCUCUCACUCCCACCACCAUGGACCAACACCCACAUAAAUAUAUAGUUGGUUUUUUUUGUACAGAUCUUUGUUGUUCAUGGGUGUGAUUAUUAGGUAUGUUUGAUUGCUUCGAUCCAUACAAGGUUUGGAAUUUCUGUUCCCAUCAUCUGUUUCUUCUUCUUUUUCCUUUCGUCUGUUGAUUUGUUCUUCGUUUGUUUCAAUUUUAUGAAGAAAAAAAGUGCUCCUUUUUGUACA